AUGGGGCAAAGGAAUUCGCCGGUUGAGCUUCCUACGAGGGAGAGCUGGUUUACCGGUGGCCUCAAAGGUCAGAAUCCCCUCAGUGCCACUCCUAGUCCCCUCAAUGUCACCCCUAGUCCCCUCAGUGCCAUCCCAAGUCCCCUCAGUGCCACCCCUAGUUCACUCAGUGCCACCCCUAGUUCACUCAGUGCCGCCCCUAGUCCCCUCAGUGCCACCCCUAGUCCCCUCAGUGCCACCCUAGUCCCCUCAUCCCCUCAGUGCCACCCAAGUCCCCUCAGUGCCACCCCUAGCCCCCUCAGUGUCAUCCUAAGUCCCCUCAGUGCCACCCCUAGUCCCCUCAGUGCCAUCCCUAGUCCCCUCAGUGCCACCUCUAGUCCCCUCAGUGCCACCUCUAGUCCCAUCGGUGCCAUCCCUAGUCCCCUCAGUGCCACCCUAGUCCCCUCAUCCCCUCAGUGCCACCCUAGUCCCCUCAGUGCCACCCCUAGUCUCCUCAGUGCCACCUCUAGUCCCCUCAGUGCCACCCCUAGUCCCCUCAGUGCCACCUCUAGUCCCCUCAGUGCCACCCCUAGUCCCCUCAGUGCCACCCCUAGUCCCCUCAGUGCCACCUCUAGUCCCCUCAGUACCACCCUAGUCCCCUCAGUGCCACCCCUGGCCCCCUCAGUGCCACCCCAUAGUCCCCUCAGUGCCACCCUAGUCCGCUCAGUACCACCCUAG